AUUUUGAUUUAAUUUUCUAAAUUUUUGAAUUUUUGCGAAAUCCAAUGGUGGAACAACAGAAACGUCGUUUGGAAAAUGCCAUCAGCGAUAUGAUUGAGGAUAUGUAUCAGACUCACUUGCGUCGCAUGCAGUCGAAGAUGCAUCGUUGUGCCGCAACAUGUUGCGAUGAUGAGCGUGGCACGUUGGAGAGUGUACAACGUUGUAUUGAGAAGUGUGCCACGCCCCUAAUGGACGCACAGGAUUAUCUACAGAAUGAGCUGGGUCAGUUUCAGAAUCAUUUGCAAAUCUGUGUUAAGGAAUGCAAUUCCGAUGCACGGUCUAAAUUGCCGCUCAAUCCCAGCGAUCAGGAAAUGUCACGAUCGAAACAUUUGUUUGAGGUCUGUACUGGAAAUUGUGUGGAUAAGCAUAUCAACUUGCUGCCCGGCCUGAUGAAGUCCAUCAAGAGGACACUCGAUCAGGGAGUGCCCAAUAGAUCCCAUCUGCGCGAUCAAAGCAACGGGAAUGCUUAACAUAUAGUCCCAUAUUUUCUGUUGUUCUUAUUUUUUUGGUUUUUUUUUUUUUUUUGAACAUUAUUAUUCCUGGAAUUGUUGAGAAAAUUGUUCCGUUGCUUGUAAAUCGCAUAAUUCCAUAAGCCGUCCCAGCGACAGAUAAGAUGCCACCUAAAGGGUCACGGCAAAAGCGAGAUAAGACUUGUUUCCGUCGGAAAUUUGUUAGUUUUUCAAAUACAGUUGUCUAACCUUA